AUGAUUACACGAGUGCGUUUAAAUUUUCCACGCAAGUUGAUGAGUACAUAUAGAAGGACUGGGGUAGUAGGCCCCAAAUUUGAAAAUAUUCACCAAGUGGAAGCUUAUCUUUCUAAAUCUUUCUGGACAAUAGAAGAUUUAUUACCACGUUACGAUAUCACAAAGGAAAAUAUACCCAGUGAAGAAACUGUAAAAAGCUUGUUGAAACUAUCAGGACUCCCAAUGCAGAAUUUGAAGGACAUGCAGCUAAAGCUAGCCAAUCAACUGUCUUUUAUAAAUACUCUGCAUAAUCUCCCUGUGGAUGAGACAAUAGAUGCAAAUCACGCAAGAAUAAUGAUUCGACAUCCAAAACCGUUGUCCUUCAAUGACAUAGAAAUGGCAACAAGUAAAGAGAUGCAAAAGGAUGAAUCACUUGGUGAGGUAAGUGGUUCAUGGGAUACGGUGGAGUGCUCCAAAAUACAUGAAAAUGGAUUCUUCGUAGUCAGAGAGGGCUUGAUAAGAAAUCGGGAUUAA